AUGGACAUUGAUGAAGAAGAAGCAGUCUGGGAUGUUACUAAUUCUUCCAAUUUUUCUUCCACAGCCUCUACAUCCUUUAACACUUUGGAAUUUGAUGAGCAAUCUGCAUCUUCAUCACAAAAACCGAAAAAAGGACGGCAGGUUGGGCGGAAACAAGUCGGCGUGAAUGCAACACUGGAUAGUUUAUUGGGCCAGGCAAAUUUAGAACAGGCUCGUGGUCGAACAAAACAAGCAAUGUCUUAUCUCUUUGAGGCGAUACGUAUAGCUCCAUAUCAUGUCCAAACUUACAAGGAAAUUGCUGAUAUUUUUGCUGAACAAAAUCAACCCGAAAAAAGUUUCGAAUUCAAACUAUUAGCUGCAUUAUUAACCGACAAAACAACAGCUCUAGAAUGGGAUGAUAUUGCAGAAUUAUCACGUUCAUUUAAUCGACUUGAGUUGGCUAUUGCUUGUUUAGCUAAAGGUUUGAUAUUUUUACACAAGAUUAGAACUAUUUAAGGAAAAAUUUAUUUUUUUUUUGGGCUUUCUUUUUUUGACCCGCAUAUUUUUCGUUC